UGAGUUAAUGAUUGCUGGCGCAAUGAACUAUAGUGCAACAUGCUUUGUUGUCAAGAUACACGUGGCAUUAUUCAAACGUCAUAUGGUAUACUAAAGUUGACGAUGUUGUCCAUGCUGCACCAGUAUCUAGAUGCAAUUUUACUAUAGCUUCAUAUAUUUAGUGUAUCUAAUAUCAAAACUUGUUUUCCAAACUAGACUGGUGCUGAGCUAAUAAUCAUGGAGGCUUUCUAAUUUAUAGGCAUUGGGAGCAAGAUGGCCUCUGCAGGCAAGACAAAGAAGAACAGCAUCUUGAAUGCAUGGGUGAAGACUGUACGUGGACACGUCUACUGGUGUGCACAGACCAGCAGUGACAAUGGCGCGCUGGUGCUCGCAAAAUGGGUGUCCGUAAUGCGACACGUGAGCAACGUCCAUCAGCACCCCAGCCCCCUGUACCCUGCGUGCACCCAUGGCCCAAUCGAAGAGCGCUGGUGGCUUCAGGAAGGGACCGAGCCAUACGUGGCUCUCGAAAAGAUCGUCAUGUCCAAGCAACUACUCAAGGACAUACCAAGGGUGUCUGGAGACGGUCAGACCUAUCGCCUAGAGUCGUUCCACAGCAUGCUGCUCCGGUUUACUCCGAAAUCCAGUCAUUUCAGUUUUGAGGGCAUGGUGGCACGGACUGCCGUCGCGGUGCUCCACUACAAUGAGAACAGCAACCGUGCGCAGGCCACAACGAAGGACGACAAAAAGCGAAGUUGUCUGAAGUUUCCCAAGUCACGGAAAGGCGAAUGGGUCCUCAGCCCCAUCAUGGAGACUGCGUCGUACGACUACGUCCAGAGGCUCCUCAAUUCCUGCCUGGAGUUGGCCAAGGCUUCCCGGACCUACCAGCUGGCUGUGGCUGCGAACGGGCCGCGUCCUCGUCGACCACCUCUGUGCAGCGUUGCACAAAGGCCAGACAAGGAAGCAGCGGUGUUGGCCCACAGGACCCGGUUCGAUCAAGCAUAG